CCAUCCAUCCAUCCACCCACUCCCCCGCCCACCUACCUCUUCACACAUCCAUCCAUCUAACAGAUAAUUCGGGGGAGAUUAUGAGGACCAAGCACUGAAGAACAUCUCAGAUUUGUCCCUGAUUGUCCCCAGCUCCUUCUCAUUAGUUGGCAGUUUCUACAGCUGUUUGUUGUCCCCUCUCUGGCCACGACCUCCUCACCCCUAGCUGUUUGUGCCAGGCUCCUCUCAGUUCCACACGGGUGCCCGUUUUCUCUCUCUCUCUGGCAUCUGGCCUGUUGCAUGCGCUAUUUCCACAGGCGGAAACUCCCCUCUUCCCUGGCUGCCUUUACCCCUUCUUCUGGUCUUUGAGUAAAGUGCUGCUCAGGGAAGCUUUUCUAGCUGGGUUAGUUCACCUCCUAUGAGCUCCCUUAAUGUCCUGUACUCUCCCUGGGAGCUGAUCCUCUCUUUUCUUCUCCCAUGAGACUAAAAGCAACUUGAAUUAUGCCAGGGGCCAGUGUCUAGUACAGUGCCUUCCAUGUAAUAACAGACACUCAAUAAGUAUUGGCUGUAACAACGAAUAAGUCAAUGAGUGGAUGGAUGGACGGACAGAUGGAUGGAUGAUUGGAGAGCCAUUGAACGGUUUGAAGCAGGAGUGAUGAGGUUAGGUUCCUGCCUUAGAGGAUGGCUUUGAGGGCGGUGAGGCGGAGACAGGGAAUCCCAUAGGAGGCCGUGCACUGAUUCUGGGGAGGAAGGCUUGACCAAGCCAAUCUGGGGCACUGGGGAGGGAGCUAAAAGAGGAGGAGACGGAUGUGGGAAAUAUUUAGGAGCUGGAAAUGGUAGAACUGAGUAAUCAAGUGGAUGCCGUGGACGAAGAUGAGGGAGGAAGCUGAAGGCCAGCCAUCCAACACAAGUGACUGGGCAGGAGGAGACGCCACCUCCAAGAACGGACUAGUGGAGAAAAUGAUGAAAGCAGGGUGGGCCUCACAGAGCAUGCCCUGUGCAGCGGAAGGAAGCUGGGCCUGUCAGCCUUCCACCUGGGGGUGAGGAGGACGUCUGGGAGUCAUCAGAGUGUUGACGGCAUUGAAAGCACAGAGGCGAUGCCGUGUGUGUGGAGGAGGUGUUUUCAUCUAAACGUCGUAUGUGUUUCUUCUUUGCCCUGCAGACUUGAGUGUUUCUGACUUUGCUCGGCCGGAAUUCGCUUAUCAUCGGCCUGGGAAAGAGGAACCCACAAACGGUCACACCAGCCCACCUCACACAUGCGUACACUCAACACUAGCAAACGAUAGGCUUCGGCCAGGUGACUCUCAACAAAUUCCUAAGACCUGGCAGGACGUGUUUUCACUUUGGUUUCCUUUGCCUGAUUUUGUUAGUGCCUGGGAGCCUGUGCUGAUGAAUGAAUUUUUAUCUUCCUGUGGGUAGAUUUUAUGUGGACUGCGGAGAACCCGAGGGCCUUACCCAUCAGCAGUGAGGCCCAGCCUUUGCUACAGCUUGAACCACAUCCUAGAAACGAGAUGGCGGUAGAGAGGCUGGUGCAUUCCUGAGCCCAUGAGGGGCGGGGCCCCUUCAGGCCCAAAGAUGGGGAACAUCACUGGAGACAACGGCUCGCUGAGCUGUGCCAUCGACCACGCCAUCCACCAGACGCUGGCGCCGGUGGUCUAUGUCACGGUGCUGGUGGUGGGCUUCCCAGCCAACUGCCUGUCCCUCUACUUCGGCUACCUGCAGAUCAAGGCCCGGAAUGAGCUGGGCGUGUACCUGUGCAACCUGACAGUGGCCGACCUCUUCUACAUUUGCUCGCUCCCCUUCUGGCUGCAGUACGUGCUGCAGCACGACAACUGGUCCCACGGUGACCUGUCCUGCCAGCUGUGCGGCAUCCUCCUGUACGAGAACAUCUACAUCAGCGUGGGCUUCCUCUGCUGCAUCUCCAUCGACCGCUACCUGGCCGUGGCCCACCCCUUCCGCUUCCAUCAGUUCCGCACCCUGAAGGCCGCCGUGGGAGUCAGCGUGCUCAUCUGGGCCAAGGAGCUGCUGACCAGCGUCUACUUCCUCAUACACGAAGAGGUGGUGGAGGACCGCGACCGGCACCGCGUCUGCUUCGAGCACUACCCGCUCGAGCCCCGGCAGCGCAGCAUCAACUACUACCGCUUCCUGGUGGGCUUCCUCUUCCCCAUCUGCCUGCUACUGGCCUCGUACCGAGGCAUCCUGCGGGCCGUGCGCCGCAGCCACGGCACCCAGAAGAGCCGCAAGGACCAGAUCCAGCGGCUCGUGCUCAGCACCGUGGUCAUCUUCCUGGCCUGCUUCCUGCCCUACCACGCGCUGCUGCUUGUGCGCAGCCUCUGGGAGUCCAGCUGCCACUUCGCCAAGGGCGUCUUCAACGCCUACCACUUCUCCCUGCUCCUCACCAGCUUCAACUGCGUGGCCGACCCCGUGCUCUACUGCUUCGUCAGCGAGACCACGCACAGGGACCUGGCCCGCCUCCGCGGGGCCUGCCUGGCCUUCCUCACCUGCGCCGGCACGGGCCGGGCCCGGGAGGCCUACCCGUUGGGCACCCCCGAGCCCUCGGGGAAGAAUGAGGAGCCCAACGUGCUGACGAAGCUCCACCCGGCCUUCCAGACCUCUCAACCACCCGGAGCGGGAGGGUCCCCAGCGGGCGGACUGGCCUAGCUGCGUCGCCCCGUCACCCAGGUGCGGGGCGAAGCAAGGCCUGAGCUUGCUCGACAGCCGCUGCCCACUUGGCCGAGGCAGGUGCCUCUUGCUGCUGGAGGGGACGACGGACCUGGGCCACGGGGCCCUGGGUCUGGGCCGCAGCACAACCUCUCCGGUUCCAGGGAAACUGCUGUGGCUGCCGAGUCCGACGGGGCUGCUUGUUGAGCGUGGGGAUAGGCCCCGACGGUGCAUGGGGGUCGUCUGCUGCCAGCUGGGCGGCUGGUGGGAUGGAGGCCUGCUCACCUCCAGGAGGUUUUCAAAGGGAAGCUCGGGUGGGGGACGCAGAGUGUGAGGACAUGGAGAGAGGGGCCUGGGAGAUGAGAGUGGCUAGCUGGGGGCACACCUGCCAGGGCCUUCCGAUGCCGUUGUCACAGAUGACACCGGUCCAAGUGCACUGGUGUAAACGGGGG